AUGGACAGACGCACUCCAUACACCCUGAGCGUUCUUGCGCCUAGUGAAAAUGGUGCUGAUGAGUCCAAGACCGCCAUUCAAAAUAAAUUAAAAGACUUUGUGCUCCAAUUCCAGCUCGACAAUGCAUUCAUCUAUCGGGAUCAGUUACGCCAGAAUGUGCUUGUGAAGCAAUACUAUUGCGACAUUGACAUUGCCCACCUUAUUUCCUUUAAUGAGGAGUUGGCGCACAAACUCACAACAGAGCCGGCCGAAAUAAUUCCCUUGUUCGAAUUGGCCCUCCAGGAUUGCACUCGUCGCAUCGUCUUCCCUGGUGAGAAAGACAUCACCCUUCCAUCCCACCAAUUGCUUCUCCACUCCUCAGCAUCGCACAUUUCCAUCCGCGACUUGAACGCCACCAACAUCUCUCAUCUCGUCCGCAUUCCUGGUAUUGUCAUCGGUGCUUCCACUAUCUCAUCAAAAGCGACCACCGUUCACAUUCGUUGCAAGAACUGCGACCAUAGUGAAAACAUCCGUGUUGAGGGUGGAUUUACCGGUUUGUCCCUCCCAAGACGUUGUGGACGCAGCAAGGAGCCUGGUGAUCAGCCUGGCGAGCAAUGCCCUCUUGACCCCUAUAUGGUACACCACGAAAAAUGCCAAUUUGUGGAUCAACAGGUUCUCAAGCUUCAGGAGGCCCCUGAUCAGGUGCCGGUGGGUGAGCUACCCCGCCAUGUCCUGAUUUCUGCAGACCGUUAUCUUGCAAACCGAGUUGUUCCCGGUUCGCGCUGUACCGUCAUGGGCAUCUUCUCGAUCUACCAGGCGAAGGGUGGCAAGAAGGAAGCUGCAGUGGCCAUUCGCAACCCCUACUUGCGUGCUGUGGGUUUGAACACCGAUGUGGAUCAGACUGCCAAGGGAAAUUCAGUUUUCUCGGAAGAGGAAGAGCAAGAAUUCUUGGAGCUGAGCCGCCGGCCUGACUUGUAUGAGGCUAUGGCUCGCAGCAUCGCUCCCUCUAUCUACGGAAAUGCCGAUAUCAAGAAGGCUAUUGUCUGCCUACUUAUGGGUGGCUCAAAGAAGAUUCUUCCUGAUGGAAUGAAGCUUCGUGGUGAUAUCAACGUUCUCAUGCUGGGUGACCCCGGUACCGCCAAAUCCCAACUGUUGAAGUUUGUUGAAAAGGCGGCUCCGAUUGCCAUCUACACCUCCGGAAAGGGUUCCUCGGCAGCUGGUUUGACUGCCUCUGUGCAGCGCGAUCACACCACGCGCGAGUUCUACCUGGAAGGUGGUGCCAUGGUUCUUGCAGACGGUGGUGUAGUCUGUAUUGAUGAGUUUGAUAAGAUGCGUGACGAAGAUCGUGUGGCUAUUCACGAGGCCAUGGAACAGCAAACCAUCUCCAUUGCCAAGGCUGGUAUUACAACCAUUCUGAACUCCCGAACAUCUGUUUUGGCCGCCGCCAACCCGGUCUUUGGCCGAUACGACGACCUGAAGACCCCGGGUGAGAACAUUGACUUCCAGACUACCAUUCUGUCACGUUUCGAUAUGAUUUUCAUUGUUCGAGACGAUCAUGAACGUGGCCGUGAUGAACGCAUUGCUCGUCACGUCAUGGGCGUUCACAUGGGAGGUCGUGGUGUGCAAGAGCAGGUCGAAGCCGAAAUCCCGGUCGACCAGAUGAAGCGUUAUAUCAGCUACUGCCGAAGUCGCUGCGCUCCUCGCCUUUCGCCCGAGGCCGCUGAGAAACUCUCUUCCUACUUCGUCUCCAUCCGAAAGCAAGUUCACCGAUCCGAGAUUGAGUCCAACACCAAGUCAUCUAUCCCCAUUACCGUGCGUCAACUCGAGGCCAUUGUUCGUAUCACCGAGUCUCUGGCGAAGUUGUCCCUCUCCCCCAUAGCCACUGAGGCCCAUGUUGAUGAGGCUAUCCGACUCUUCUUGGCGUCCACCAUGGAUGCUGUCACCCAGGGUGAUGGCCAGGGCAAUAAGGACCUCAUGCAGGAAGCAUCCAAGAUCGAAGACGAGCUCAAGCGUCGCCUACCUGUUGGCUGGAGCACCAGCCUGGCAACACUGCGUCGUGAUUUCGUUGAUAACAAGAAUUAUUCCGAGCAAGCUCUCAACCGAGCCAUCAUCGUGUUGCAGCGGAGGGAAGUAAUUCAGAUCCGCUCUGGUGGCUCCCAGAUCUACCGAAACACUGCAUGA